AUGCAUCUGAUGUACACCCUCGAUACUGCUGGCAAGCGUGUGUAUACACUCAAGAAGAUCACCGACGGCGAGGUCACCAAAUCAGCACACCCAGCGAGAUUCUCGCCUGACGACAAGUACUCUAGGCAUAGAGUGACCCUGAAGAAGCGCUAUGGUCUUCUGAUCACACAGCAGAAGGACAAGAAGGUGCUCGGACAAUGA